AUGAGAAGACAGUGCGACCAGCGGGUGCGUGAGGUCGAGCAUGCAACUUUCCCAUCACUACUAGUGUGCUGUCAACACCAACAGAGUGGGCAGUUGUAGUGCUAGUCUUUACUCUUCUGUGGGCAGUGGCUGUAGUACUACAACAUUGGAUUUCCAUAGCGGUAGGCUUUUUUGUGGAAAGACUACACCUGCCAGGGCCAU